AUGCUUCAAGGAGCAGAACAUCUGGGAAGGGAGCUGGGCCAGGCUGAGGACUGUGGGCUGGGUCUCCCUGAUGUGUGGCUUGUGCUUUGGACCAUGGUGCAUACCUAUGUGCCUUAUGUCAUAAUUCCUGGGUCCUUCACAGUUGGGGCUGUGCACUACCACCUGGAAUGGUAUAUCAGGAGAAGGACCCCUUCCUUAUGGAGGAGGAAGAGUAUCUCAGAGUGCCAGGAGAAUUGCAGGCUGGAUAAAGUGCUAGGCAAGGACCACAGACAGGUGGUGAGUCUUCAGAACAAGGUAGGAUUUACCUGUAAAGCUUUCCUGAAUAGAAACUGCCCAGAGAAUUAA